AUGGCUGCUUCCAAUACCAUUCCCUCCAAGAUUGUGCUUGUGACGGGGGCCAAUCAGGGACUCGGCCUAGCUGUCAUCGAAUCCGCGGGCCUACGCUCUCCAAAUGAUACCUACAUUCUCUGCUCUCGCGAUAUUGAGAAGGGUAAUUCGGCUAUCACGCAUGUCCGUGAGGCUGGAGUCAAAGCAAAUCUUGACUUGGUACAACUUGAUGUGACCAACGACGACCAGAUCGCUGCAGCGGUGAGAUACGUCGAAACAAAGUACGGCCGGCUCGAUGUACUGGUUAACAACGCCGGAUUCGUGCGCCUCAACGAACACAACACAGAGCUCUCUGCGAUCCGCGCCACAUUCAACGAGUACAUGAAUGUCCAUGUCACAUCGGUGGCCGUCAUCACACAUGCCUUCACGCCGCUCCUACACCGAUCCAUCUCGCCCAGGGUAAUUAAUGUCAGCUCAGGUCUGGGAAGCAUCACGAAUGUGCUAUCCCCCCGACGCAUGGGCCGCAUCCCAUCAUACGGCGCCAGCAAGGUCGGAAUGAAUGGUUUGACAGCUCAUUUGCAAGUGGCAGAGAACGACCGUGUCGCAGACACGGGGCCGGAGAACGACUCCAGGCCACGCAUCCGGUUCUUCAUCUCGAACCCGGGCGUACUAAAGACGUCGUUUUCCAACUACGUUGCCUGGGGCAAGGAUCCUCUCACUGGGGCAGAAAGCAUCGUACAAUUGCUCGGAGACGACGAAGGCAAGUUCGACCAUGGCAUGCAAUGGGAAUUUGAGGACGGCGAGAUGCGUAUUGUGUCAUGGUGA